UGUUUGCAAAUCGGUGCUGACGUUAGGCAGAAAGAACGCGAUGGAAACCGUCCUCAAAGUUCUCUUUUUCGUGUUCGGAGCUCUGCUUUGCUGCAGUCAGCCCUCCGUUGGACUCACGAGGGAGACGUGCUCUGCCUCCACGACAGAUAUUCCAAUGUCUUGCUGUCCCACUGAAAUGCUAGCGUUUUGCUGCCUUCCUAUUGUAAGACCGUGUAACGAGACCCUUCAGCUCCAGCUUGCAGAGCUUAUGGCAAACUUCUCAAGACUCGACGUGUCGUUUCCCCAGGUUCCCAGCUACCGGAAGCGACGGGAUCUAACAGGAAUUUCUAGAGGAAACACUUCCAGCGUAGACAAAAUACCUGUGACAACCGGUGUCGGAGAUCUGCCCAAUUUAGGUGAUUUCUCUAGCCUAACGGACUUCUUAGCGAGCAAAAACUCCUCCUCGAGUCAGCGCAAACCGUACUGUGUCCACCCAAUGAAUUCCUCCGCCUGCCUCAAGGGAUUCUUUCUUGACAAAACAUCACAGGCAGCAAAGCCAUGCCCACCAGGUUUCUACUGCCCACAGGAUCAGCUUUGCAUCAUACCUUGCCCUGAAGGCUCGCACUGUCAGACGGGAAGAGUGGUAGCAAGUACUGAUUCCUCGUCGUAUGGAUGCAGACAGGCUGGCUAUUGUUGUGAGCCGUCCGGGAAAGUACCCAUAUAUGACCCGGUUGAUAAUCAGUAUAUUUGUCCGGGAUCACACCUACCCUCCCCCUGCAAGCAGGGAUAUUAUUGUGCUAAUGUCACCGAACGCGUUAUCUGUCCCAAGGGGUCCUUUUGCCGAGAGGGGAGUACAACCCCCGAGCCUUGCCCGCUACUCGCUUCAUGUGAGGAGGGCGUGUCCGCUCCUGUCAUCAUGACAGCAGGGAUUGCGUUACUCGUUCUCAUCCUCGUCAUUGCCAUCGUCAUCGUGGUGGGCUUCAAAUAUCGCCGACCAAUCAGAUUUUACAGCCAGCUUUACGUGGCGCGCUAUUUGGCGCGAGAGAAGGAGGUGUUUCAGCUUGACAGCGGUCUAAGAAUGGUUGCUGAAAGAGCAGCUGAUGUAAAGACUCGAGCAGAGAAAAUCGUGCCAAAGAACUAUACUGUGGACAUUACCUUCAAGGAUCUCAACCUCAAACUCAACAGUGGGACGAAAAAAACGGUUCUAAUGGGAGUGACAGGAAAGAUCAAGUCAGGUGAAGUGACUGCCGUCAUGGGACCCUCUGGUGCGGGCAAAACUACCUUCCUGAACACUCUCAGUGGCAAGGCGUACUACGGGACUCGCGGAGGUGAGAUCUUCAUCAAUGGAAAGAAAGAGGAUGACUUGGAUAUGUAUCGUACCAUAACAGGGUUCGUCCCUCAGGAGGAUGUCAUGCAUCGUAACCUGACGGUAAAGGAAGUGCUGAGGUACCAAGCGGAACUGAGGCUUUCUUCGAUCGUCAAAAAAGCAAUGAAGGAAGAGCGAAUUCAUCAGAUCAUCGAGUUGCUGGAGCUCGAGAGGAUCCAAGACUCACAAAUUGGCGACGAGACAAACCGUGGCAUAUCAGGCGGGCAGAGAAAAAGAGUAAAUAUCGGAAUGGAACUGGUAGUGGAUCCUACACUUCUUUUCCUCGACGAGCCAACAAGUGGUCUCGACAGUACCUCUAGUCUGUCUGUGUUGAACGCGCUACGCGCAGUUGCUGAGAGAGGCCGACUCACCAUUGUCUGUGUUAUCCAUCAGCCACGUUUUGAGAUCUUCCGCAUGUUUCACAACCUUCUAUUCCUGGGUCCUGGUGGCCGCACUGUUUUCCAAGGUUCUGUUGACAAGGCGGAGGAAUACUUCCAGCGUUUGGGAUUCGAGAAGCCUCUAAACGUGAACCCCGCAGACUUCUACAUGGACGUGAUUGGAGGGUUGUACGUCAAGGAUAACUUUUCGCCUACACAACUUUUUGAUGAAUGGGAAACUUACCAAACCGAGCGCGAUGCGGCACCCUCCCCUCCCUCAGAGGAUGCGUCACUAAGCAACGGGAUAUCAGAUCAGCCAGGACCAGUUGCACCGUCAUCAGCUACCGAGGGCGUGGAGCUUGUGAGCUUCAAACAGCAGGCGGCUACGAGUGACUCCACCCUGGUUCUAGUCCAGGCAUCAUUACCCAGUGAAUUCAAACAGAGAAAGAUGGCCAACGUGUUUGCACAGUUGUUGACGUUCUACAAGCGCGAAAACAGGCUUCUGUUCAGGAUCUUCAAGUCGCUGUUAUUGGAUCAAAUGAUGGUGCUAGUCGCGGGACUCUUACUCGGGGCGCUAAACAUGGAGGUAUCGCUUCAAAGAUUCUUCCAGCUUCAAACCAUCAGCAGCAUGGCGUUGGGGAUGACCGCUAUAUUACCGUCGCUCAGAUGUUUUGGCAACAACAGGACGACAUUUUGGAGGGAGGCCGCUUCUGGUGUCAACCGAUUCAGCUAUUUCCUCGCGGUCGAUAUUGCGCAGGUGCCAAUCAUGUUGAUAAGCCCGCUGGUCUAUUUGAGCCUGCUGUAUGCGCUCGCCAUCCCCCGUGGUCAGUUUAUUUACCACUACGCAUCGACAGUUGGAGCGUGGUUUGCCUGUGUGGGUAGUGGCUACCUGAUCUCGAUCGUGUUCAAUACGCGCAACGCACAGAUGGCAUCCGUGAUAUACACUCUUGUUAACUCAUUACUCGCCGGCUCUAACCCUUCGCUUUGCGAUCUGGAUGAUUUCACGUUCGUCGGCCCCGCCCUCUACAACCUGUCCUACGCUCGGUGGUACAUGGAGUCGCUAUUUGAAGUAGAAGCCAACAGAUACCCUCGUGUGUUGUCCCCAUUGGUGUACGGGGUGGCGGCAAUCAAUGGGUACACCUUACAGGAGUACGGAUUCUGUCUGACGAUGAUGUUUGUCAUUGGGAUAGGGGUACGCAUCAUCGCAUUUGCCUUGUUGUGUUUAUUGGAUAGAGGAAAACAGAAAUGAUUAAAUGACUUGCAACCAAAUCAGGUGGCACAAUUGUUUUAGGUUUAUUUGCAUAAUCGGGAUAUUUAAUCAUUUUGGAAAAUAUAUUCACCCUUGUCUCCGUUAAUUUUUUUUUCUCUGCAAUAGAAUACAGGUUUUUAUAGGUCGAUUUGAUUGCGCAACAAUUGAUUUAUUUCGUGUUACUUAUAUGUACAUCUCAUUCGCAUGGAAUUUCCUUGGCACUAAAACAUUCAUUAUAAUAACCUUGGCAAUCAGUGGAAAAUAUUUUAUCUUUUGUGAGGUAAACUUACAUCGUUUAUGAUGUGGAAUGCCAUAAGGAAUUAUGAAAGAUGUUAAUAUCUCACUUUGUACUACUAUACAUAUUUAUAAAUGUAAUAAAAUAUCGAUAACUAAA